GACAGGCAAGUCAGCCCCGCCUUUUGAGAGAGAGAGAGGUUUAAGCAGCGUUCUUCUCCCGCGAAUCCAUUCCAUCUCUCCUCCACCCCCCACACAGCUCCAUCGAAGACGAAAGAUCAUCAAGAAUAAUCACCAACGCAAUAAUGGCCAUCACCGUCGGAUCGAAGCUCCCCGCUGCCCCAGCCUCCGUCUGGGAGACCUCCCCCGAGAACGCCGUCAUCAUCCCCACGAGCGGAAAGGUGGUGAUCGUUGGUGUUCCCGGCGCCUUCACCCCCCCCUGCAGCUCCCAGGUCCCCGGCUACAUCUCCAACGCCUCCGCAUUCAAGGCUAAGGGCGUGACGGGAAUCUACGUCGUCGCGGUCAACGACGUGUUUGUCGUCGAGGCGUGGAAGAAGUCGUUGCUCGCCGGAAAGGAGAGCGAUGAUUGCGUGCACUUCCUUGCCGACUCGACCGGUGAAUACAUCAAGGCCCUCGGCAUGGGCUUCGACGCGAGCGGACUCCUCGGCAACACCCGCAGCAAGCGCUUCGUGGCUACUGUCGAGGAUGGCGUCGUCAAGACUGUCGUUGUUGAGGACGAGGUGCCGCAGGUCACCGUUACCGCGGCUGAUAAGGUGCUGGAGAACUUAUAGGCGCGUUCGCGGAGUUUGGGUUGGGCGCGGUUUGAGACAAGAUGAGCGGUUGAAGGUUGAAUGAAGCGAGGCUCAUAGCUGUUAAUUGAAGUCAAACGAGUUUUAACCC